AUGAGCAUCGAAUAUCGAAAGAGACAAAGACCAACAGAGAUCAUUGAGAGCACAAUGGCCAAGUCUAGUGCAAUUGAAAAUUCCAAGAAGCGGAAGAGAGAUGUUGUUGAAGAAGUAGAUGAAGAAAUAACAGACCCUUCAUCGGAAGAAGGCGAAUCAGAAGAUAUAUCUAAUGAUGAAGCUGAUGAAGUAGAAGAGAAUUUGGAGUCUGACGAAGAGUUUGAAGGCGAAAACCCAGCCGAUAAGAGGAGACGGUUAGCUAAGCAAUAUUUAGAAAACUUGAAAGCGGAAGCAAAAGAUAUCGGGGAGGCAUUAAGUUCCGAAACUGACAAGCAAGAUGGAUCUACAGUAAUCGAUGACUAUAACAAUUUCGAUGCCCGUGACUUGGAUAGGGAUAUUAUUGCUUCUAGAUUAAAGCAGGAUGUUGCAGAACAACAGGGGCGUGUAUAUAGAUGGGUCUCCAAGAAGCUUCUAAUCAAUGAAUCUAAAUGCACAUUUACAAGAGUCGGAGAAAAUAAUCUAACAGGCUUAUCGUGUUACCAACCGCCAGUCAACAAGUUCUCUCAUAAUGAAACUCAGAAUAAGAGCAAGGGUAAGAUUUUUGCGUAUACCGUCAGCAAGGAUCUACAGCUAACGAAGUACGAUGUCACGGAUUUCAAUGCAAGACCAAAAAAAGUGAAGUAUGUUAAAGGUGGAAAGAAAUAUAUACCAGAAGGAAAAUUUGAAUUUGAAAACGUGACGGAAGGUCACUAUGAUGAAAUUCUAACUGUUGCAGCUUCUCCAGAUGGAAAAUACGUAGUGACUGGUGGUCGUGACCGUAAACUAAUAAUAUGGAGUACUGAAUCCCUAGCACCUGUCAAGGUUAUUCCAACUAAAGAUCGUAGGGGUGAGAUUCUAGCACUUGCAUUCAAGAAAAAUUCAGAUCAGCUCUUUGCCGCUUGUGCUGACUACAAGAUUAGAACUUACGCUGUGAACCAAUUUUCUCAACUAGAAAUAUUAUAUGGGCAUCAAGACUUAGUAAUUGAUAUUUCUGCACUAAAUAUGGAACGUUGUGUUACUGUUGGCUCCAGAGAUCGUACAGCUAUGUUAUGGAAAAUUGCAGAUGAAUCUAGAUUGACUUUCAGAGGUGGAGAUGAUCCUGAAAGACUAAGAAAAAAGUGGUUAAAGAAUCAAGAAGCAGAGAGUGAAAACAAUGCCGAUGCAGCUCAAGGGGAUAUUAACCUAAGUAACGGCAGUGAAAAGAAGGAAAAGCCACCGCAAUUUUAUGGAGAGGGAAGCAUUGAUUGCAUUAGUAUGAUUGAUGAUUCUCACUUCGUUACUGGCUCAGAUAACGGUAACAUCUGUUUAUGGUCUAUAGCCAAGAAGAAGCCACUUUUCACAGAGAGAGUUGCACAUGGAAUUGUGCCAUUGACCGCUGACACUGCUAUAUCUGGAGAGAAAAACGAAGAAGUACGUGCCGCACAAUUGCAAGACGGUACUAUUGCACAACCUUAUUGGAUUACCUCAAUAUAUGCUGUUCCAUAUUCCGAUAUCUUCAUUUCGGGAUCUUGGAAUGGUGCACUAAAAGUCUGGAAAAUCAGCGAUAACUUGAGAUCAUUUGAACUACUGGGAGAACUUCCAAACUGCAAGGGUGUUGUUACUAAAAUUCAAUCCGUCGAAUCUGGUAAAACUGGUAGAGAAACAUUCAGAAUUUUAGCCAGUGUUAGCAAGGAACAUAGAUUAGGUAGAUGGAUUAACAAAGUCCCAGGUGCAAGGAAUGGUAUCUUCUCAGCGGUGAUAGAGCAGACUGGUUUUUAA